AUGCUCUUCAACUCGAAGAAGGCGAACCUCUGGUUCUCAUGCCUCAUUCCUUGCACCUGUAUGGCUGUCAAUGGUUAUGAUUCCUCUACCUUCAACGCGGUGCAGGGAUCAGUUCAUUUCAUGAACUACUUUAACAACCCCUCUCCUUCCACUAUCGGGUCGGUCAAUACCGCCAUGGCCGUAAGCAGCAUCAUUACAGGCGUUUUCCUGUCUGCUCUGGUCUCAGACCGAUUCGGUCGCAAAUGGAGUAUGUGGGCAGGCACGGUACUUGUCAUCAUCUCAACGUUUAUUUCGACAUUUACACCUCCCGUUAUCGGCGGUUACAUCGCUGGUCGUGCUAUCACCGGUUUCGGCCAGGGACUGAUGCUACCAGCUGGGCCGGUCUUCAUCAACGAGAUAGCCCCAGCCAAACUCCGGGGCACUAUCAUGAGUUUCUGGCAGCUCAACUUUGCUAUAGGAUCCUUUGUCGCGUAUUGGAUCAAUUAUGCGUGCUCCAAACAUGCCGAGAGGCUCGGAGACUGGGACUGGAAGAUUGUUAUGUUCCUUCAGAUUUUCUUUCCUGUCAUCAUCAUUUCGGGGCUUUUCUUCUGUCCCGAGACUCCCAGAUGGUAUGUCCAAAAUGACAGAUUUGAAGAGGCAUACAAUACUCUCUUGCAAAUCCGCGAUGAUCCAGAUCUUAUUGCCCAAGAAAUGAAAGAAAUACGACAGGCCAUUGCCUUUGAGAAGAAAGAAACAAACAGCACUUGGACCCGAUACAAGUUGCUCUGGACAGACAAGUCUGUGAGAAGGCGCAUUCUCCUCGCGGCUACGAUGAACAUUGGCCAACAACUUACCGGAAACAACUCCCUCGCGACAUACUCCACCAUCAUUUACAAAAAGGUCUUUACUUCAAACAGCCAGAUCCAACUUAUCAACGCCUUGGCUGGAACGUUUAACAUUCUCUUCACUCUCAAUGCCACCUGGAUGACCGAUCUCGUGGGCCGAAGACCUCUCCUCCUCGUUGGUGUUGCGGGCCUGGCAGUCUGCAUGUUCGCAGCCGCAGCCGUCGUCACCGAGACGCCAACUCUGGAGGAUGGAUCCAAGUCUUCCAGUGUAGGCAUCGCGACUGUCUUCCUGAUGUUUCUGUUUGCAUUCUUCUUCAAGCCUUCCUGGGGUGCGACAGUGUGGAUCUGGACUUCAGAGAUCUUCUCUAUGAACAUUCAACAAAUCUUUCCCAUAUUUCUUUCUGCCAAGGGAUUCUAUGCUAUGUACAUGUUUGGUGCCAUCAACAUCCUACUCUUUGCGUUUGUUUGGUUCUGCAUCCCAGAGACUAAAGGAGUGCCGCUGGAGCAUAUGGAUGCACUGUUUGGUGGUGUAGAUCACACAGAAGUGGGAGCUGCCAUCGUCAGUGAGAAGACUGUCCAUGAUGAGAUGGUUUCCGUCUAUGCCGCAAAGACCCCAACGGUCCGUCAGGAUAAGUAUGACAGUGCUGUUUGA